CUUCUUUAAGCUUUGACACAGACUGUUGUUGUUGUGUGAUGAUGUGCAUACCAAACAACACACAGCUUAUCAUUAUGAUUUCCCAUGACCUUCUCCAUUAGAAAACCGCCAUCUCAGAUCCUAAACGACGACCUGCAAAAACCCUUUUACCCCUCUCUUCUCAAUUUACUUUCUUUAUUAUAUUUUACACAGAUUUGUCUCUUUCUCCGAUUAUGAGCUGUAAUCAGCUCCGCAUAUUCGACUCUCUACCCGCUUAAUUGUCUUGUUUUCCGAAUUGGGGUUUUCGUUUUUCUUACAUGGCGAAGAGGGUGUACGAAGUCUGGAAAGGAAGAAAUAAGUUCUUUCUUGGAGGAAGGUUGAUUUUUGGCCCAGACGCCAGGUCUCUGCCUGCCACUGUAUUGCUGAUUAUUGUUCCAGUUAUAACAUUUUGUAUAUUUGUUGGAAGACAUCUUCGGCAUGAGUUCUCAUCAUACAGUGCAGGAUAUGCAGUCAUUGUGGCAGCAAUCAUCUUUACGAUCUAUGUACUGGUGCUGCUUCUUCUUACUUCAUCCCGAGACCCUGGGAUUGUUCCUCGUAACUCACAUCCGCCGGAGGAAGAGUUACGAUACGACAAUUCAGCAUCACAUGAAAUUGGUGGAAGACAAACACCAAGCCUACAGUUCCCUAGAACCAAAGAGGUUAUGGUUAACGGAAUUUCUGUUAGGGUUAAGUACUGCGACACGUGCAUGCUUUACCGACCCCCGCGUUGCUCUCAUUGUUCUGUUUGUAACAAUUGUGUGGAGCGGUUUGAUCACCACUGCCCUUGGGUAGGCCAAUGCAUCGGAUUGCGGAAUUAUCGGUUCUUCUUUUUAUUUGUGUCGUCAGCAACACUUAUUUGCAUAUAUGUAUUCUCGAUGUCGGCUUUCUACAUCAAGGUUCUGAUGAACGAUUAUCAGAGCACAGUGUGGAAGGCGAUGAAAGAAUCUCCGGCAUCCGUAGCUCUGAUGGCUUAUUGUUUUAUUUCACUGUGGUUUGUCGGUGGACUCACGGGGUUUCAUCUGUACCUUAUAAGUUCAAACCAGACGACGUAUGAAAACUUCCGAUACAGAGCAGACAACAGGUACAAUGUUUAUAAUCGGGGGUGUGUAAACAAUUUUCUAGAAGUAUUCUGCACAAAGAUAAAACCAUCACGGAACAAGUUUCGAGCAGUUGUGCAAGAAGAGGUGCAACGGGUGGGUUGUCGGGAGGAGGAGGCACAGUCGGGUCCUGAGGAUCGACGUAUGAAAGUAGAGGACGAUGUGGAUAUCGGAGGGGACCUGUUAAAGAUGUCACAACGUCAUAACAUUGAAGAUAUUGAAUCAGAUAUAAGAAGCAGAGGAGGAAGUGAACAGCAGCAGCAGCAGCAGCAGCAUAAUCAUGGUGAUUCAGUUGCAGGAGAGAGACGUCGGCAAUCGAGUUGGGAUUUUUCACCAGAAGUGGUUGCUAUGAAUUCAUCAAACCAACCCUCAAAUGAUACAACAACAGUAAGUAAAUUGAGGUGAAUGAGAUUGUGGAGCCAUGAAUCCAUUUUUUUGGGAAUGAAUUACUGUUGGUUGGUUGGUUGAUUUUGAUUGAUGAAUGAAUGAAUGUAUUGGGUUGAAUUUGUGUGAUUGGAAAUGGAAUGGUGUGUUAUGAUGA